AUGGGAAAGAGCGAAGAAGAACAGCAGCCUCUGCCUCCAUCUGAGGAUUCGCCGCAGAAUGCGGAGUGUCGGUGCCGCUAUCAUGAUAUUGUUGCAAGCUUCAUUGUCAAUAAAUCUGUUUCUUUGCUAGAAAAUAACAAAUUUCAGCUUGCUGAUCAAAUUUUUGAUGAGAUAGAUGCUCCCUCUAGCAAAGUAGCUGUGUUGUUUCUAGAAACCUUACCUGGGCCGAACAAGACAAGAGUGGUUUUUGCAGUUGAUUCUGACGAUAAAGACACAGAAAUGUCCUCAGCAGUCAUCAGUUUGAUAAGAGCAUCAUUUACAUCCCUGGUUAUACACCAAUCAAUUCUCCAGCUUACUUCUUCAUCCUUGUUCGGAGAUCCCUACUCUUUUGAAGUGCUGAAAUUGAAGGGAGGAAUUACUAUAAUUCCACAGCAGAAUGCAUUUCCUCUGCAGAAAGGGCAAGCAAAAUUCAGCUUUAAAUUGAAUUUCCCCAUUUAUCAAAUACAAUCCAAUUUUAAGGAGCUGACUAGUCAACUAAAGUCUGGGUUAUAUCUGACAUCGUUUGAGAACUUGUAUAUCAGCUUAUCGAAUUCUGAAGGUUCAACAGUUGAUGCUCCUACUCUUGUCCAGUCAACAGUUCUACUUGCAGUUGGUAUUACUCCAUGGAAAGAGAGGCUAAAGCAAUUGGCCCAAACCAUCAUGGGACCACAUAAUCUAGGCUUGAAUCACACUGAAUUUGGUAGGGUUAAGCAGGUCCGACUUUCAUCCAUCUUGCAACACUCUCUUCAUGGCAAUGAUGGUGGUGGUUCUGCAUGCAAGGGUGUGACUCCACCCAAGGUUGGUUCUCCUACUGCCGCAGAAAGUGCACCUUCACCAGGGAAAAAUUCUCAAUCUCAGCCUCCUAAUUGCCGGUUUGGUAUUAGAAAAAGGUCUACCCAUAAGUCUGGGAAGCACGCUCAUCCUCCAACACCUGCAGUUGCCCCUAUUAUAAUAAAUCCACAUCAUCCUGUUCCUGCUGCAUCACCAAAAAUGCAUAUUGAACCCCCAACUCAUGUCUCUCAUUCAGUACCUGCCUUGAGUCCUUUGCAGAAUGUAGCUUUAGCUCAUGCGGAGCACACUCCUAAGAAUGAACUUGCCCCACAACAUUAUCACACUCAUAUUCCUGGGAUAUCAUCAUGUAAGUUAACCAGCAAGAAGGAUAACUCUUUAGUUCUUAGGAAUUCUUCUGCAGACAAACUACAGUACUACAACAAAUAUGAGCUGCGCAAAAGGCGAGCUUCUGCACAUCCAUCUAAGUGGAUAUAA